UGCGACGUUUUGGGCUUUCCUCAAAACAUAACCUAUACUAUUUGUUUACAAGUGGUUUGUAAGGGCAAUUUUUUGCCAAAGCAACCCUGUGAAAUGAGCAACGAAAAUUCGGUGAUUUAUGGCCUAGAAUUCCAAGCAAGAGCGUUGGCUCCACAAUUGGCCGAGACUGAAAAAAUCCGAUUUGUUAUCGGGACGCAGUCCCUCAAACAAGCCAACAACCAGAUCCAUUUGGUCGAAUUCAAUGAGGAAAUUUCUACUAUAAAAACGUCGGUUUUUCAUCAUUCAGAGGGUGAAAUUUGGAAGAUUACUACCAGCCCCCUGGACUCGUCCAGGCUGGCUACGUGUUACAAUGCUGUAGCCAGCGAAAAUAGCUGCGCCUUCAGGACUGCGAUACUGAAACUUCCAGAAAUGGAAAAUCCUGAUAGUAUAGAGAAUUUGGAGAUUGUUACUAAGUUCGAUACUAGUGAAUUUGGGGCUGAAACCAAAACCACAGAGUUUCAUCCGACUGAUUCGGCAAAAGCUGCCAGUGUGAUUGAUAAUAAUGUGGUUUUAUGGGACGUGGCCGAUUCCCAUGCGAAGGCUAUUACGAAGUUUCAAUUAGAAGGCAAGCACAAUCCCAAGUUUACAACUGGUAAAUGGAACCCACACCAAAACUGCAACCAAUUUACUGCCGCCUCUGAGACGCACCUGAAAACCUACGAUAGCAGAACGGGCGUUCUUGCUUGGCAAAUUGAUGGCGCUCAUCAUCAAUUAGUGCGAGACUUGGACUACAACAUGAAUAAGCAGUACCAUAUCGCCACAUGUGGAGACGAUGGUUUCGCAAAAAUUUGGGACUUUCGCCAACCUGCCAGUCCGGUUUAUUCGAGCAAUGAACAUUCCCAUUGGGUCUGGUGCGUUCGCUUCAAUCACUUUCACGACCAGUUGCUUCUGACCGCCAGUUCUGAUGCCAGAGUGCUGCUUUCCAGUGCAGCGAGUGUCAGCUCAGAAAACGUCUGCGAUACUGAUGACUCCAGAGGUGCGCAAGUUAAGCAGCUGCUUCCUGAUGGGCCGUUGCAGUGGUGUGAUCAUGAGGACAGUGUUUAUUGCGCAGAAUGGUCACCGUCUGAGCCGUGGGUGUUCGCUUCGUUGAGCUAUGAUGGGAGACUGUUAAUUUCCAGAGUGAAAAAGUCCCUUAAAUACCAAAUAAUGCUCUGAAGUAACUGUUUUGUACAUAAAGAUUAAAGUUGGCUUAUUUAUUACUCAUCAAA